ACAGGAAAAUGAUCUCUUCGGCUCAAAAAAGUUUUACUCGGCCUCUUUUGGCAUCUGGCAGUCAACGUGGAUGGACGCAUCGCUACCAACAUACCGCCUCCAGCCAUUUUGUACUCAAGUGAAAAGGAUGACUGAAAGGAAAGCUACUCUGAAAUCCGUGAAAUAUGGAUUAAAACCGGAUGUUGUCUUUGUCUUUCCUCAAUAUGGCGAUGCAACUAUUCACGCUGAAAAGUUCCAGCUGGCAAAUGAGAGUGAUGUGUUCAAGACGCAUUUUACUUCAGAAAAUUGGAAUAACAGUGAUCCAAUUGAGAUCAGUGAUAUUUCAUUUGAGAUCUUCAACAUAAUGAUGAAGUUUAUCUAUGGAAAAGGAGAGGAUUCGGAUGUUACAGAUGAAAACCGUGUGCAAAUUUUAUAUGCCACAAGGAAGUACCUCAUCAAUGAUCUUACUUACAAAUGCAUCAAAUUCAUGCCAAUUAGUUGGAAUUUUUUCUUUUUCAACGAUUUAGAAGCACUUUAUAUUUUAAGUGAUAGUGGUCUACGCUCAGUUGGAGAUUAUUUGGAGAACUGGAGCAGACAAAAUGCAACUCAAAUAAUUCCGAACAUGACUCGAUUUGAUACAUAUGAACCACAGAAGCGCCUUCUUAAAGCUAUCCUUGAGUCACCGGUACUACAUUGCACUGAAUUGGAGCUUUAUAAAGCAGUUUUGCAGCUGAUGAUGAACAAAUACAAAGGUGAAGUCUACGAUGAAGAUAAAUGGAGGAGCGAACUGGGUAGUCUCAUCUAUUUGAUUAGAUUCCCAACAAUGACUCUCCAGGAGCUGACUGAAUGUUGCAAGAGACCAACGCUACUGACGAAGGAACAAGUGUACGAUUUGCAGCUCUGGGUUCAAAAGAAAAUCUCAUCAGAUACCGUCUUCUCAUUUUCGAUAUCCCACAGACUUGUUACGAAAAGCCUUAUUACCCAGAUUGCUUAAUAUUUAUCCUUUAUACUCUUCUGUAUUUUCUUUAAAUUUACUGAAAUAAAUUUUAUAUGAAGUUCUAACAAAA